AUGUCUUCUCAAGCUGCACUCCUCAUUGGAGAAGUCAAACACGCGCGCAAAGAGUGGGAGGAACUUUCCUCACUCCUGACCCUCAAGGAAUUCCCUAGUGGCACCCGGGAGGAGUUCAUUCAGAACUGCAAAUCAGGCCAGUAUGAUGAUGUCGUGGUGAUCUACCGCUCCAAUGCAUUCAACAAGCUCACCGGCAACUUUGACGCUGAGUUAAUUUCUGUCCUGCCGCAAUCGCUUCGUUAUAUCUGUCACAAUGGUGCUGGGUAUGACAAUAUCGAUGUUUCCGCCUGUUCGGAGAGGAAGAUCUCUGUGUCUAGCACUCCCAUUGCCGUCAACAAUGCCACUGCUGAUGUGGGCAUUUUCUUGAUGAUCGGUGCAUUGCGCCAGGCUUAUGUGCCUCAAACUGCGCUUCGAGAGGGAAAAUGGCUUGGACAGAGUACACUAGGCCAUGACCCCCGGGGCAAGAUCCUCGGAAUUCUCGGCAUGGGAGGUAUCGGAAGAGAAAUGGCUGCCCGCGCAAAAGCAUUUGGCAUGAAGAUUCAAUACCACAAUCGAUCGCGACUACCGACAGAGCUGGAAGGUGGAGCGACAUAUGUCUCGUUCGACGAACUCCUGGCCAGCUCCGAUGUCUUCAGUCUUAACCUGGCCCUGAAUGCAUCAACACGGCAUAUCAUUGGUGCGAGUGAGUUUGGCAAGAUGAAGGAUGGAGUGGUGAUUGUCAACACUGCGCGCGGAGCAUUGAUUGAUGAGAAGGCACUUGUUGCUGCAAUUGAUUCUGGGAAGGUUCGCUCUGCUGGUCUGGAUGUAUAUGAGAAGGAGCCCGAAAUCGAGCCUGGGCUUGUCAAUAACCCUCGGGUCAUGCUGUUGCCGCAUAUUGGUACCAUGACUUUUGAGACUCAGAAGGAAAUGGAGAUUCUGGUGUUGGAUAAUUUGAAGUCUGCUGUUCAGAAAGAUGAAUUGCUUACGCAGGUGCCGGAGCAAAAGCGAUAG